GCAGGCUGAUUUCGCCAACGAUAACACCCGUCAAAAAACACGAUUUUUGCAAAAAAAAAAAACAGCAAAAAUGUUCGAAAGUGAAUUUGAGCGAUCCCGGAGUUUCCCCGUGAUCCUUGUGGUGCACGACAGUGGUGGUCCAUCGGCUGAGGAUGUGAUAAACAACAUCCGGAAGAAGACACUCAGUGAAGAUUUCGUAGUUCUGGACGAGGAGACACAAUCCAAAGGAUACAGGCAUCAUCUUGUCACCAAAUACUACGAGACAGAUCUCCUCCUAGUCCCCACCGCAUCCCCACUGGAUGCAUCAUGCCCACAGAGUCUCCUCAAUGGUGUCGAGGGCGUCCUGAUUUGCUUCGAUGCAAAGAAGAGGGACUUCCUGAAAUCCAUCCCAAAGUACGCAAACUUCCUCAAGAGUAAUCAAAUUGAGUUGGGUAUCCUGCUCUGUGAUCAACUGAGUGACGAGGAAGCCGAUGGGAUAACCUACCGCGAAGCGAAGCAAUGCAGCAAGGAGUUGGAUGUGAUAGAAUUGGCCAGGAGUGUGGAUGCCGACGAAGAGGAGGAUCCACACAAUCCCACGGGGUAUGAGGAGCUACAUCAGGCACUCCGGAGUUUCCUCUGGUCCAGCGCAGAGGUCAGCAAUGUUUAUCACCGUAGCAAUGGCUACUCCACAAUGGAUCUCCACGAUGAUGACGAUGACGAUGAUCCGGAGAUUCCGGCAAAUCUACGUGGAGUCCCCCCAUUGAAUGGCCAGGAGGCCAAUCCGGAAAUGAGUGAAGAUGAAAUUUCCGCUGAAUUGGCCAACUACGAACGUCUCCUGAGUGAAGUCAUCCAAUUCCGUUCAACCACAUCGUCCUGGUCACGAAAUGAGCGUCUUGCGUAUGCCCAGGAGUUUGCCAGUCUCUUUGACGAUCUCCUUGGCAUUGAUUCCGGCUCCGAUGAGGAUCGUGCGGGGGAUGAAACCCAUGAAACUGGUGCAAAAUAGGAACCUUCUGUGAGGCUACAAAUUGCAGAAUAUAAAUUAAAUUUUAAAGGAAUUAUUAUACUUUAUAAUUACUAUAUUAAUAUAUUGUAUUAUUACAAAAAAUACGCAAUACACAGAUUUACGUUUA